CUCUUCUCUUAGGAAACGCAACCAGCUCCUCGCAUCACGGAGGCACAGCAUGAAUGUUAACUGUGCUGGUGGGACAGAUUGGUCAAGAAAUCCGGAGUUGAGUUGCUCUGUGGAAAACAUAACUGUAGCAGUCCAUGAGUCAGAAGAAAGUGAUGUGGUGCUAGGAGGUCACAGCCCUGCUGCAGUUCCCAGGACUGAGGGUUUAGAUUCUGAAUGCCGACACACUGCUUGUCCAGUAAGUUCCCAAAUCAGUAGUAUGUUGUCUGCUCCUGAAGACACGCACAACUGUCAUUUCCAGGAUGGAAAUAAGAGACAGACAGAAUAUUUUAAUACCCAGGAACGCCAUGGAUGCUGCGCUUUGUCUUCAAGCAGCAAUGCACAAACAGCGGCUCCAGAGAAAGUGACGCUUGUGGUAGAUGGCACUCGCUUUGCAGUGAAUCCACAGAUUUUCACUGCUCACCCUGAUACUAUGCUGGGAAGAAUGUUUGGACCGGGAAGAGAAUAUAAUUUCACCAGGCCAAAUGAAAAGGGAGAAUAUGAAAUCGCAGAAGGAAUUAGCUCAGCUGUGUUCCGGACUGUGCUGGAUUAUUACAAAACCGGAAUAAUUAACUGCCCUGAUGGGAUUUCCAUCCCAGACCUUCGAGACACAUGUGAUUACCUCUGCAUAAACUUUGAUUUCAACACAAUCAAAUGUCAAGAUUUAAGUGCUCUGUUACAUGAGCUCUCCAACGAUGGUGCUCACAAGCAGUUUGAUAGCUACCUGGAGGAGCUAAUUCUGCCUAUAAUGGUGGAUAGCGCAAGGAAAGGGGAACGUGAAUGCCAUAUCGUUGUGCUGACAGAUGAAGACACCGUGGACUGGGAUGAAGAUCAUCCACCCCCAAUGGGAGAGGAGUACUCGCAAAUCCUUUACAGUUCCAAGCUGUACAGAUUCUUCAAGUACAUCGAGAACCGCGAUGUUGCAAAAGCUGUAUUAAAGGAACGGGGCCUGAAAAAUAUUCGCAUUGGCAUUGAAGGAUAUCCCACCUGCAAAGAGAAGGUGAAGAGGAGGCCUGGUGGCCGGUCAGAAGUGAUAUACAACUAUGUUCAGCGGCCAUUCAUCCAGAUGUCAUGGGAAAAGGAAGAAGGCAAAAGCCGUCAUGUUGAUUUCCAGUGUGUUCGGAGCAAAUCUCUAACAAACCUUGUCACUGUGGGUGAUGACGUUUCAGAGGACCAUGAGGUUAUAAUGCAUCACCCCCCACAAGUAGAUGAACUCGACAGGCUAAACGCACCAUUCUCCCAAAUGGCUGUUAAUGAUCUACCAGAUUAGUCAUGGUUCAGGGUGGAUAGUCCUGCUUGAUGUGGGAACGUCUCGGCAUAGUUUCAUCCCAGGUGAUGGAACACAGACUCCUGCAAGGUGCUUUAUCCUCGUUUGUGCUCUUACUAUGUUGUCGUAUUUCAAGCAUGUUAAUAAAGAGCCACACUCCACAGUCUAAUUGUGCAAUCAAAAGCAACAUCUCCUCAAA